AUGUCCUUCACCUUCCGCCGGUUCUUUGGGAGUGUCGUGAUCGGCUUUGGCGCAUCGCCGCUCCUUCGCGGAGCCACUGCGGCUCUGUGCGAGACUGUGACGCCCGCGGGGCCGCCUGGAAUGCGUAGCAAAGCCCACAUAUCUGCCAAUGGCUUGGUGAAUCAUCUCUUUGACGACGAUCCGCUACCGACGGAGGAGGAGCUGCAGUACGUCAAGACUUGGGGUGUGCCAUGGGUGGAGGAUUGGGAUCGUCCAGGGGAGCGCGGAAUUCGCGCAGAUCGAAGUGCAUCCCAUCAGCGCCAGAUUAUCAUGAUCCGUCACGGCCAGUACGGAAACGAAAGUAUACAUGACGAUAAAAUCCACAGGCUCACAGCGCUAGGCGAGCGACAAGCUCGCGCAACUGGUGUUUACCUGCGCAAGCUCUUUGAAGAGGGUGAGAAGCGGAAGAAGCUCAACGCCAUCUAUCGUCAGGCUCAGCGAGCCUUCAAAAAAGCAAAGAACGACGGCGCCUCUGAGGAGCAAUUGGCUCAGCUGGAGAAGAAGGUGACCGAGGCGCGUCAGGCGCUGUCUGGCGCGGGUGGCAUCCUCGUCGAUGACAUGCCGACGGCGGUGCAUGUCUCAGACAUGACGCGAGCUAAGCAGACCGCUGACUUAAUUCUAGAAGCGUUCCCAGCAGACGUGCGGCGGUGCCAGGACGUGGACCCGCAGUUACGGGAGCGCAUCCCGUGCGCCGUGCAACCGGCGCGCUCAUUCACCGCCUCCGCUGAGGAUAUGCGCACUGCUGAGGCCGUCUUUGAGCGAUAUUUUCACCGACCUAGUGAGUCUGGCACCACUGUCGAGGUCAUUGUCGGCCACGGCAACAUGAUUCGCUACCUCACCAUGCGAGCACUGCAGCUGCCUCCCGAGGCGUGGCUGCGCACCUCGCUCCCCCAUUGCAGCGUUACAGCCAUUACCAUUCGCGGCACCGGUCAUGUGAGCUUGGUCGGCAUGGGCUCGUACGGCCAUCUACCACCGGAGAUGGUGACGGUGUCGAACGUCAAGUAA